GAUCUCUACUUUUAACUAUAUUUUAAUUAACGCUUAAUUUUAAGUUUCUCUCGAAUUUGUAAAUUAAAAUCCUAUAGAUUUUGUAUGUUUAAUGGUAACGUGAAGCGUCUAUCCAAAAAUUCCUUUCCUUUCUCCAAAAUUCUAUGAAUUUUUUAUAUAUUCUCAGUUUUUUGAUCCAUGAGGAGAGCUUACGAGGUCUUUACAAGCAGUUUUUCCUUCUUAUUUGACAACGAAGGAUCAGCAUUGGGGCUCAAAGGCUCUUUGAACACUUCUAAUUUCGUUGAAUAUGGAGAUGGCUUAGUCUCCAUUAACAAACGAUGGAGGUGGGCUGGUAAAACCCAGUCAAUGUAUGACACUAAUCUUCCUGAAGAUAAGCAAUACCUUUAUUGUGACAAUGUAGCUUGUUUAAAGCUUCCUAAACCUGAGAGCGUUCUUCAUGAAUCAUGGGUAGUUCCUCAACUUCAAGAUAACGUACCGGAUAAUCUUUACGAGGAGGACCCUGUAACUUCUGUAGAAACAACGUGGAGAACUUAUUCUCUAACCAUUACAUAUGACCGUUAUAAUGAAACCGCUAGGUUCUGGCUUAGAGGAUAUAAUCAAUUUGGACUUCCUCUGAGUAAGGACGAGAUGUUUGAGGACGUUCCUGAGGUUUACGUUGGGAAAACAGUCACUGUGGAAAGGCAUCCUUUCACUGGAUUCUUAAAUCUUACAGUCCAUCCUUGUAAUCAGAAGGAGAUUGUCAAACGUGAAGAGCAGAAUUUAAGUGAUAAAAAUGUGUUGGUAAAUUUCCUGAGAAUGUGGUCAAGUGCCUUCCCUCUAAUAAAUGUGUUGGAUGGAUUCCCUGAGUAAAC